GACAGUCGCUGUGCAAGCAAAGAGAUAACAAAUCAUCGGCAAAGCGCCAACGAGUGGAAGAUCUGCAUCAUCCUCCAAGUCGUUUUGGUGCAGAAAGGAGGACUCUGCCGCUCUACGAGCAUCGAAGGCAUUUACAAGUUCAGAGAUGGCAACCACAGCCUGUUUUAUCAUAGUGAGCAGGAACGAUAUCCCUAUAUAUGAAGCUGAAGUUGGAUCUGCCGCUAAAAGAGAAGAUGCUGCUCAGCUGCAUCAAUUUAUAUUGCAUGCAGCUCUGGAUAUUGUCCAGGACCUGGCUUGGACCACUAGUGCCAUGUUCUUGAAAGGAAUUGACAAGUUUAAUGAUCUGGUGGUAUCUGUUUAUGUUACAGCUGGUCAUACACGAUUUAUGCUACUUCACAAUCCUCACAAUGAUGAUGGAAUCAAGAGCUUUUUUCAGGAGGUUCAUGAGCUCUAUGUAAAGAUUCUUCUCAAUCCCCUCUACUUGCCAGGUUCUCGCAUUACAUCAUCACAUUUCGACACUAAAGUUCGUGCACUUGCAAGAAAAUAUCUCUAGAAGCUGUUCGUCUUGUCGGAUAGAGUAUAUGACUGAUGAAGAUUAGAGAGGAUCUGAAAUUUCAGCCCCAGCUUUUGAUGAUUUGUAAAUCUUUUUAGUCGAUUAAAAGGCACCCGAUGAGUAUAUUAUUAUUGAGGAUUACAAAGAUAUCUGCAACUUGCUUGUUGAUACAUUCAGUUGGGUGCCAGAAAGCACUGGCUUGAAAAAUUAGAAUUAAUCUGGAAUUUUCAUUGAUUGCUA